AUGGCGCCGCGCGGCACGGCCUGGGCUGCGCUCCCAAGCUCCGCGCCUGGCGGCCCAGCGCCCGCAGCCCGAGCCCCGCAGCCCGAACCCGCGAUCCUCUCGGGCCCGGCCCAGCUCCACCGCCGGAACUUCCGGCCGGGGGCGGGACCAGCGGGGACGCACGGGUGGGGGCGAGUGGGGCCGCGCGUGCGCCCAAUCAGCCUGGACAGGGACGCUAGGCCUGAGGCGUCGGAGGCUGGGAGGAACACUGCAGUUCCCUCGCUCGGCGCUCCUAAGGGUCGGCGUUCGCGGAGGCCCUGGCCCGCCCUGCUGAGGCCUCUUCGGAACCGGCCUCGGCGGCGGCCGCCACACACAUUCGACUUUCCCAGGUGUGAGGACCCCAGUCGCUGGGCCUCCAUUCUGGAGCGCCAUCGAGAGGUCCUACGGGCGCGCGCGGACCCCCGAGUGCGGCUGGAAGCCCUGGACCGUUGGUAUCGGGAGGAGUUGCCAGCGGCCAGCAGGGGCAGAGAGGAGAACCAUGUGAGGGAGCUGGAGCGGCUGCUGGCCUGGAAGCUGGCGAGGGGCCGCUUUCGGCCACGUCUGCAGCAGCUGGUGACCACCAAUCCCCCUGAGCUGGUUGUGCACUGUUCAACCACCACCUUCUGCCCCCUGCCAGACGUGGGGGCCACGGUCACCAAGCUGUCUGCCCUCUGCGGUGUGGACCCACCACAGCCACAGCCUCAGGACCAGGAGUCGGAGCCAGAGCUUGUCCUGAUGGGGUGUCUGGCUGCUUCUUCUCCUCGCUUCUCACAGCAGUCCUGGUGGCUGGAGCUCGAGAUGGAGGCCUUCAUGUCAGACGAGGCAGUGGUCACAGUGCCCAGCCUGCUGGCCCCACAGUACACCCUCAGUGGAGACAGCACUGUGGACCUGGGCCGUGGGGCAGAGGCUGUGCCCAGAUCUGCUGCCCAACCUUGGCCCCAGCCUGGCUACCCACGAGGACACUAGGCCAGCCAAGAAGCGUGGGACCCAGGCUGAGUGAACUUGGCUAUAGUCCAGGCCUGCUCACCUGCCACACAAGCUUAGGCCUCCGGGUCUCACUGGAUGGCAGGGAGGCUGAAGAGGAGGCCACCACUAUGGGAGUUCAAUAAACACUUC